AUGUUGGCUAAAAACUCCGAAUGUGACAUGGACCCAAGACAUGGGAGCUACGGACAACCCAAUACCUUCGGUGUUCUUCCUCGCCGAAACCCCAAGCCGCAAGACGUGAGAUGGUUCACAACUCUCAAAAACCACUUUUUUGGACACUUGGCAAACCAUCUCGAAGGAAAGGACGGCUGUAUCUAUUUGGAUACGUUCCUAGCAGAUGGAGCGACACUGAAUGUAUCACCCAAUAUGCACCCGGAGCUGGACGCUGGAAAAGCAGAACGUCAAAUUAAGGGGAAGUUUGUCCGACUCAGGAUCGAUCCACAUGCGGAGUCAACUGAAUUAGAACUUCCUGUAGUCCUUAGCGAUAUUAUUGGGGAGAUGCCACGCUGCGAUGACUGGUUUACCACUAGACCUUACAAUAAUGCUUUCGGGACCAGGUUCACUCCCAAGGGUUUUGACGCCAUUCUUCAUAUCGAUAUUGCUGUCAGUAUUACCCAUAUCUGGGAAGCAGGGGAGAGCUUUCUUGUUGGUGAACCUUGUUUCGUCCCUCGAGCAAAAGAUUAUAACGAAGGGGACGGUUAUUUGGUUGUGUGUGCCCGGGACACAAACACCCGACUCGCGAGCCUGGUCAUAUUGGAUGCAACAAAUGUUGCUGCUGGUCCACUUAGCAUCAUCGAGCUUCCUGUUGUCUUGUGCGAGGGUGUACACGGAAACUGGGUUGACGCAAGCGAGAUUCCAGUGAGACGGCCGCUAGUCGAUUACUCUGGAGUUACCCCGGAACUUUUGGCGAAAUUUGGGACCGGGGCCCCCAAAACCUGUGAUAAGCUCAUUGGGCAUCCUGUGAAACUGACUCGAUAG